UGUCUUGGUCUCACUCGAGUACUCUAGCAAUAGUAGUAUUUGAGCUCUUCCCUCACAUCUUAACCUACCAUAUAUCAAUUCAUUCAUCAAGGAUACACACACAUAUUUAUGCGGACGCACGUUGUGGCAUCCUUUGUUGUCUUCAGAUUUGCACGUUGCCCAGCCAGUAUAAAGUUUAUGGAUUCGCCAUACACAGAGAAGUUUUAUACUGAAGUCCAGGAAAAAAUACUUGCUAGGUAUAAUAAAACUUUUGAUUGGUCUCUCAAAGCGAAAAUGAUGGGAAAGAAAGCAAUCGAAGCUGCUCGGGUGUUUGUUGAAGAAUCUGGAAUUAGUGACACCCUAACUGCUGAGGGUUUUCUAGUUGAGAGAGAGGCGGUGUUGCAGAGUUUGUUUCCAACAAGUGAGCUCAUGCCAGGGGCUAGCCGCUUGAUCAGACAUCUUCAUGCAAAAGGAAUACCAUGUGCCUUGGCAACGGGUUCUCAGAAGACACAUUUUGAAUUGAAAACACAAAAACAUGGCAAACUUUUUUCAUUGAUGCAUCAUCUAGUCCUUGGCGAUGAUCCAGAAGUUAAACAAGGGAAGCCUGCACCAGAUGUAUUCCUUGCUGCAGCCAAAAGAUUUGAGGGUUCCCCAAUUGAUCCGAAGAAAAUUCUAGUGUUUGAAGAUGCACCAGCUGGAGUUCUUGCAGCCAAGAAUGCUGGAAUGAAGGUUGUAAUGGUUCCAGAUCCAAGACUGGACAGCUGUUUUUAUGAUAUUGCAGACCAAGUUUUGAAAUCCCUAUUGGAUUUAAACCCAAGCGAUUGGGGUCUGCCGCCGUUUGACAAUCCGGCGAGCUAAACCAUGCUUCGUUGUGCGCACAUUUACGAUGAAAUAGAGAAAUAAUCAACUAUUAUGCCUAGAUUUGAAGGCACACUUUGAUGGUUUUCGCUGGAUUAUCAUUCGUACGUUGUUAUUCCAUUGAUAUUCUAAAUUGGCCAGCGGCUUCAACAGUGACUAUCGAUAUUCUGUUUUAAAACUUCCACA